CGCAGCGCCCCGCACCGCCCGCCCGCCCCGGCGCCGGGACCCGCAGCGCGGCCGCGAUCGAGCCGGGAUCGGGGCCAUGGAGCGGCUUCCCGCUGAGGACUGACCCGUGCCAGGCCCGCGUCUCCGCGCCAGCCGGGCGCCAGCCAGCGGGACGGACAGCAGCGACUGGCCCCCGCCAUGGCCGAUAAGAGCAGCGAGGGGCUGCUGAACGGCGCGGUGCCCGGGGAGGAGGCCAAGCGGGACGAGAACAUCAGGCGCGGGAACUGGGGCAACCAGAUCGAGUUCGUGCUGACCAGCGUGGGCUACGCCGUGGGGCUCGGCAAUGUCUGGCGCUUCCCCUACCUCUGCUACCGCAACGGCGGGGGUGCCUUCAUGUUCCCCUACUUCAUCAUGCUGGUGUUCUGCGGCAUCCCACUCUUCUUCAUGGAGCUCUCCUUUGGGCAGUUCGCCAGCCAGGGCUGCCUCGGCGUCUGGAAGGUCUGCCCCAUCUUCAAAGGCGUGGGCUGCGGGAUGAUGGUCGUCUCCACCUACAUCGGCAUCUACUACAACGUGGUGAUCUGCGUCGCCUUCUACUACUUCUUCGCCUCCAUGACGCGGGUGCUGCCCUGGACCUACUGCGGCAACGCCUGGAACACGGGCGACUGUGCCGGUGUCCUGGACGCUGCCAGCAACCGCUCAGGCCCCCUGCCCACCCACAACUUCACCCGCCUGCUCAACCACACGCUCAAGCGCACCAGCCCCAGCGAGGAGUACUGGAGGCGGUACGUGCUGCAGCUGUCGGACGACAUCGGGCAGUUGGGUGAGGUGCGGCUGCCGCUGCUGGGCUGCCUCGGCGUCUCCUGGGUUGUUGUCUUCCUCUGCCUCAUCAAGGGCGUCAAGUCAUCCGGAAAAGUGGUGUACUUCACAGCCACCUUCCCCUACGUGGUGCUCACCAUCCUCUUCGUGCGCGGCAUCACGCUGGAUGGCGCCGUCAGCGGCAUCACCUACUACCUGAUGCCCCAGUGGGACAAGAUCCUGGAUGCCAAGGUGUGGGGCGAUGCCGCCUCCCAGAUCUUCUACUCGCUGGGCUGCGCCUGGGGCGGGCUCAUCACCAUGGCCUCCUACAACAAGUUCCACAACAACUGCUACAGGGACAGCAUCAUCAUCAGCAUCACCAACUGCGCCACCAGCGUCUACGCCGGCUUCGUCAUCUUCUCCAUCCUGGGCUUCAUGGCGCAUCACCUGGGCGUGGACGUGUCGCGUGUGGCUGACCACGGCCCUGGUCUGGCCUUCGUGGCCUACCCCGAGGCUCUGACCCUGCUGCCCAUCUCGCCCCUUUGGUCCAUCCUCUUCUUCUUCAUGCUCAUCCUGUUGGGGCUGGGCACACAGUUCUGCCUGCUGGAGACGCUGGUCACGGCCAUCGUGGAUGAGAUCGGCAACGAGUGGAUCCUGCGGCGCAAAACCCUGGUGACGCUGGGCGUAGCAGUAGUUGGCUUCCUGCUGGGCAUCCCGCUCACCACCCAGGCCGGGAUUUACUGGCUGCUGCUGAUGGACAACUACGCCGCCAGCUUCUCCCUGGUCGUCAUCUCCUGCAUCAUGUGUGUCGCCAUCAUGUACGUCUACGGGCACCGUAACUACUUCAAGGACAUCGAGAUGAUGCUGGGCUUCCCGCCCCCGCUCUUCUUCCAGAUCUGCUGGCGCUUCUUCUCCCCGGCCAUCAUCUUCUUCAUCCUGGUGUUCACGGUGAUCCAGUACCGGCCCAUCGCCUACAACGACUACGUCUACCCGGGCUGGGCCGUGGCCGUCGGCUUCCUCAUGGCGCUGUCCUCCGUGCUCUGCAUCCCCGCCUACGCCCUGUAUCGCAUCUGCCGCGCCGACGGCAGCACCCUGUUGCAGCGCGUGAAGAACGCCACGCGGCCCAGCCGGGACUGGGGCCCGGCGCUGCCCGAGCACCGCAGCGGGCGCUAUGCCCCGGCCCUCGGCCCUGCCACCGAGUCGGCGCUAGAGGUGCAACUGCUGCACCCCGAGAAGGUGCGGAGCGAGGACGCCGGCCUGGCCCGGCCCCUGCCGGGCAGCAAGGGCUCGGCCCACAGCCAGGACUCCAAACUGUGACCGGCGCCGGCUCCGGCCCCGGCUCCGUUGCCAUUCCGGUUCCCCGUGGUGUCCGUUAACCCUUGUGUUUACAUAACUCCCGCCCGCGGGGCUGGGACCAUGGCACCAGCCCCCCACCCUGCGCUGGCGAGGCAGGGGCUCGGCUGCUGCUGGCAGGGGUGCGGGGCCGUGCCCCGGCGGGACCCCCACACCCCGUGGCCGGAGCGGGGGGAGGUGGAUGCCAGCCCCGUGCAGCCAGGAGGCCUCGGCAUGGGCUGGGGCUGCCGGCUGGCCUGGGCCCCCGGGAGCUAGGGGGUCGUGGGGGGCUCUUAUGCACUUAAGGGGGGGGUCACUGCAUGCUGGCAGGGCCAGGCUGAUGCCAGCUGGGCUUGUGCCCGCAGCCUGCUGCCCCCCGCACAGUGAGGGAGGGGGUUGGGGGGGCAACGCGGUGCUCGGGGAGGCGUCAGAAGCACUUUACAGUCCAGCACUUGGUAUGAGGCGCGUCCAGACCGACCCGGGGGGAGUGGGGGGGGCAGUCCCAUGGUGCUAGGGGGGGUGGGGGGUAGCCAGGGCAUCUCCUCCCCCCCCAACCCACACAAGCUGCUGCUAACGAGAAGCACAAGAGGGGACCAGGCCGUGGGGCUGGCCGACCACCUCCAGCAGCAGGCAGCUCCUCCAACCUGUAUUGGGGGGGUGGGGUCUGCGUGCAACGGCAGCCCCCCCCCACGUCCCCCUCCCGGCUCCCGCAUGGCGCCCGGCCCCACCCGCCCGUCUAGUCGGUAGCAAUAAGGGCCGCGCCGCGGCGGUCCCGUUCCCUCGCCUUUAAUGAAACAGAUCUUCCCA